AUGUCAGAAAGUAUUCCAAUUCACAAGCUCUGGGAUGAUUCCUUCUGAAAUGUCACCGAAGACUAUAAUGAAUCUUCUGGUAAAAAUAGAGUUUAUACUUGGGAGAGCAACAAGAGCUGACUUGCAACAAACAAGGAUGCAACCACCUCUCCAAUAGAGCUUGAUGGUAUGGUUGAUAACCAUAAUGCUUGAAACUCAAGCCUUCCCCAAAAGAACCAUUUUAAGCAAAAGAAGAGAUGUGACUAUAAACCUCACCAAAGGGAAUCAUAUACUGCUUCUCGUUUUAAAACUAAAGAAAGCUUAUCUGAAAACCUAAAAUUUCAUCAGAUUUUUCCAUCGGACAAGAGUCCUACUCCUACUGUAGUAAGAGAUAAUGGAAGCCCCCAAAGCUGGAAGGAGAAAUGCAGAAUCGGUCAAAAGAAAUCGUCCACAAAGAUUCUUAGAGCUAUGAAGUCUAUGCCACAAGGAGAGCUCAGGUUUUAAAGCCUUCCCUC